UAGAACGACCUCCGACGUAGUGGUUCCGUUUCUCUGCUUGCCGCACCGCUCCGAGGCGCCAUCCUCUCGCCGUGACAGAACUCAAGAAACAAGUCUAUUCUCCGUAGAUAAGCUGUCAAGAUGGCUCAACUGGACACCUUGGACAUAAUUGUCCUGGCCGCCAUCCUCGUUGGCACGGCUGCCUACUUUACCAAGGGCAAAUACUGGGGUGUUACCAAAGAUCCAUAUGCCAAUGCAUUUGCCAACGGAAAUGGACUCAAGGCAGGAAGGACAAGAAACAUUGUUGAGAAGAUGGAGGAAUCCGGCAAAAACUGCGUCAUCUUCUAUGGUUCUCAAACGGGUACCGCCGAGGACUACGCCUCCCGAUUGGCGAAGGAGGGUAAGAGUCGCUUCGGUCUAGAAACCAUGGUAGCGGAUCUCGAAGACUAUGACUUCGACAACCUCGAUGAGAUCCCCUCCGACAAGGUCGUUAUGUUUGUUCUAGCUACGUAUGGUGAAGGAGAGCCUACCGACAAUGCUGUUGACUUCUACGAGUUCAUAACUGGCGAUGACGUGUCCUUCUCCCAAAGUUCAGACCCCGCUCUCGGAAAUCUCAACUAUGUUGCCUUCGGUCUAGGAAAUAACACCUAUGAGCAUUACAACUCCAUGGUCCGUAACGUCAACAAGGCCCUAGAGAAACUGGGUGCCAACAGAAUUGGUGAGGCUGGAGAAGGUGACGACGGUGCUGGUACUAUGGAAGAAGACUUCUUGGCAUGGAAGGACCCUAUGUGGGCUGCGCUAGCAGAGAAGAUGGGUCUUGAAGAACGUGAAGCCGUCUACGAGCCCAUCUUUGGCAUUGUCGAGCGCGAGGGUCUUACUAAGGAUUCCCACGAGGUCUACCUAGGUGAACCUAACAAGAUGCAUCUCGAAGGAACUGCUAAAGGUCCCUUCAACGCUCAUAACCCGUACAUUGCACCCAUUGCCGAAUCUAAGGAAUUGUUCUCCGUCAAGGAUAGAAACUGCCUGCAUCUGGAAGUUGAUAUCAGUGGCUCUAAUCUGACAUACCAAACUGGCGAUCACAUUGCUGUCUGGCCCACCAAUGCCGGUCAGGAGGUUGAUCAAUUCGUUAGCAUCCUAGGACUGGAAGAUAAAAAGGAUACCGUCAUUAGCGUCAAGGCUCUUGAACCCACAGCUAAAGUACCAUUCCCUACGCCUACCACUUACGACGCCAUUAUUCGAUACCAUCUUGAAAUUUGUGCACCUGUUUCUCGUCAAUUCCUAGGCACGCUAGCCGCAUUUGCCCCCGACGAUGCUACCAAAGCAGAAAUGGCCAAGCUCGGCAGUGACAAGGACUACUUCCAGGACAAAAUUAGCAAGAAUCACUACAACAUUGCCAGAACCUUGAGCGUCGUCAGCAACGGACAAAAGUGGGACAAUGUCCCAUUCUCGGCUUUUAUUGAAGGUCUCACUAAGCUUCAACCUCGGUACUACUCUAUCUCAUCGUCCUCGCUAGUUCAGCCCAAGAAGAUAUCCAUUACUGCUGUUGUUGAGAACCAGUUAAUCCCCGGCCGUGCUGAUCCCUUCAAGGGUGUGGCUACCAAUUACCUGCUUGCUCUCAAGCAGAAGCAAAACGGCGACCCCAACCCUGAGGCAUUCGGACUCACCUAUGAACUUAACGGACCAAGGAACAAGUACGACGGUAUUCAUGUGCCUGUACACGUUCGCCACUCGAAUUUCAAAUUGCCCUCUGACCCAUCUAAGCCCAUCAUUCUUAUCGGACCUGGUACUGGUGUCGCACCCUUCCGUGGAUUUGUUCAAGAACGAGCAAAGCAAGCCGAGUCUGGAGAGAAUGUCGGUCGCACGCUACUUUUCUUUGGUUGCCGAAAACAGAGUGAAGAUUUCAUGUACAAGUCAGAAUGGGAGGACUACAAGAAUGCCCUUGGUGACAAAUUCGAGCUGAUUACCGCUUUCUCACGAGAAGGACCAAAGAAGGUAUACGUGCAACAUCGACUAAAGGAGCGAGCUCAAGAGGUCAACGAGUUACUCGAGAAAAAAGCCUAUCUCUACGUGUGUGGUGAUGCAGCAAAUAUGGCUCGUGAAGUCAACACCGUGUUAGCCCAGAUUAUUUCAGAGAAACGUGGUAUUCCCGAGUCAAAGGCAGAAGAGAUCGUCAAGAAUAUGAGAGCAACGAAUCAAUACCAGGAGGAUGUCUGGUCGUAAGAACCGGUGGAGAUGUAAUGUGCUUUUUAAUGCAUGAUGGGGUGAGCGUUGCGGAUAGAUGGAAUUGCAUAGAAGAGGUUCACUGCUAGCCUUGCCUUGGAGUCAGGGAGAUGUGACUUUUAAUUGGAUUGGGUUGCACGCUGGCACGAUCUCGGUUUGGUAUCAAUGCGCGUCCUAUUGCGGUUCCGCGCGCUCU